CAUGAAUCUGUUGAAGAUUAGACCCCAUAAUCUUAAUUACUGUUCAUAUUUAUCUUUUUCUUUUAUGAACGGUCUUGAAAAAUUAAAAGCAGCUGGUUCUAGUCGGUUCUUGAUUCUUGGUCCUAUUGGUUUUUGAUUUGACAACUGAAUUACACCAAGAUUAGCCAUAUAAUUUUGAAGCAUCAUUGCUUUCUCAUAAAUGGAUAAAUAAAAAAAAAUUAAAAUAGUGUUUUUCAGUAAAAUGUAUGUAAAGUCAUGUUGGGUUUAGACAAGGGAAAAAAACCGUAUCUAAUUAGAAAUCACCCCAUUAAAACGAUGUUAAAUGAAAGAAAUUUAGAAGAUAAAUUAAGAAAAGAUGAAUGGCAUAAAUGUUAUUUUCAACGAAAUUGAAUCGAAAAAUUACAUUGUAAGAUCUGGUAGAUGGAAUGUAAGAAAAGUAGAGCCGGACCCACGCGCUAUCCUCCAAAUACGACUCCAAUGCCACAAAACGUAACGUAUGUCGAACUGCUUUGCUCCCUUUCCUCUGUAAAGUUUUCAUUUUUCUUUUUUGGAGACUUUUAAAAAAUUAUUAAAUCAGCUGAACUGCCUGAACUUGAACUGCCCUUUUUUCUUUAUUAUUUUUCAUUAUCAGAACAAAACAAAAGCUUGUUUCUUUAAUCAUUUCUCUUUUCUUUAUUUCUUUCUUUUUUUUCGUCGGUGAUUAGUUGUCAGCUACCGGGAAGAGAACAGAAAGAAUAAUUUGAACUACUUUAAACCGUUUAUUAUUCCAUUUUUUUUUCUUAUGAAUCUGAAAACUCUAUUAGCUGUCUGGUUUAAGUGAAGAAGAAGAACAAAAAGAAGAUCACAACAAGGACUGCAAAAAAUUAACUGAAAAGCAAAAAAAAAAAAAGGAGAAAAGGAUGGGGGAAACAGAGAACCACCAGCACCACCCACCGCCACCGCAAGUGGUUACACCACCGGCUGCACCACCAAAUCUUGCGCUUUCAAUAGGACCUACUUGGGCUCCUGCUGAGCAACUUCAUCAGCUUCAAUACUGCAUCCACUCCAAUCCUUCUUGGCCUCAUGCGCUUUUACUGGCUUUCCAACACUACAUUGUGAAUCUUGGAACUACAGUCUUAAUUGCAAGUACUAUGGUUCCUCGGAUGGGUGGAAAUCAUGGUGAUAAAGCACGGGUUAUUCAAGUGUUGCUGUUUAUGUCAGGCAUUAAUACUCUGCUUCAAACGCUUAUUGGCUCAAGGCUUCCCACAGUGAUGGGUGCAUCUUUUGCAUACACCUUACCAUUAUUGUCGAUCAUCAAUGAUUAUACUGAUGAGGCCUUUGCAACUGAGCAUGAUCGGUUUGUCCGUGGUAUGAGAACCAUUCAAGGAUCAUUAAUUGUUUCUUCCUUUGUCAAUAUCAUCCUUGGGUAUGGCAGGGCAUGGGGGGAGCUGACAAGAUUCUUUAGUCCUAUAGUCGUGGUGCCAGUGAUUUGUCUUGUUGGUCUUGGUCUGUUUGCAAGAGGCUUUCCAUUGCUUGGUAACUGUGUGGAAAUUGGCCUGCCUAUGCUCAUUCUACUGGUUAUUUCCCAACAGUACCUGAAACACAUACAUUCAAGAGUCAAUCUUAUACUUGAGAGGUUUGCUUUGCUCUUUUGUAUCGGAAUUAUCUGGGCUUUUGCUGCUAUCCUCACUGUGUCUGGUGCUUACAACAAUGUUAAGACUGCAACUAAACAGAGUUGCCGCACUGAUCAAUCUUUCCUAAUGUCAUCUGCCCCUUGGAUCAAAAUUCCAUACCCGUUUCAGUGGGGCACGCCUAUAUUCAGGGCUAGCCAUGUGUUUGGGAUGAUAGGUGCCGCACUUGUUUCAUCUGCAGAGUCAACUGGAACAUAUUUUGCUGCAGCUCGGCUUUCUGGUGCCACAGCCCCUCCAGCACAUGUACUCAGCAGAAGUAUUGGCUUACAGGGUGUUGGUAUGCUGCUCGAAGGACUUUUUGGUUCUCUUGUUGGUACUACCGCAUCUGUUGAAAAUGUUGGCCUUCUGGGACUUACACAUAUAGGAAGCAGAAGGGUGGUGCAGAUUUCGACUGCUUUCAUGAUAUUUUUCUCCAUAUUUGGGAAAUUUGGUGCAUUUUUUGCCUCUAUUCCAUUGCCAAUUUUUGCUGCCAUAUACUGCAUUUUAUUGGGCAUUGUUGCUGCUUGUGGGAUCACAUUCAUACAAUUUGCAAAUAAUAAUUCAAUGAGAAACAUCUAUGUUUUGGGUGUGUCUCUAUUCCUCGGGCUAUCGAUUCCUCAAUACUUUGCAAUGAACACAACCUAUGAUGGUCAUGGACCAGUUAGAACAAAUGCUGGAUGGUUUAAUGAUAUACUGAACACAAUCUUCUCAUCACCCGCAACUGUGGCAAUAAUUAUUGGGACCUUGCUUGAUAACACACUAGAAGCCAAGAAUGUGGUUGAUAGAGGAGUUCCGUGGUGGAAACCAUUCCAAGGCAGCAAGGGAGAUGUUAGAACUGAAGAGUUCUACAGCUAUCCCCUCAGAAUAAAUGAAUAUAUACCCACCAGGUUUCUCUAAACACAGUACAUUGUUUGUAUAUUAGCUACAAUAUGGGCAUAUUUCAUGUUUAUAUGCAUGAGUUGUGUUAAAUCAUUUACAAGACCGUCAUCUUCGGUCAAUGCGCGGAAUUUCAAUC